UUUCAGUUGUAACCAGAGCUGUGUAGCUUCAAAACUGGCCCCCGAUUUUCCCUCCUAGCCUUCCCCUGCCCACCGGCAGCGAACGGCCAGAAACAGAGCACCCUGUUAAGAGCCCUCCUCUCCCGCCUGCAUUGCAAUAGGGAGUUUAGCUAGCUAUUCUUUGCAGCACUGGCAUGCACGACGUACCCAUGGCCCGGCCUACCCUCCUCCUCCCCUGCAUCCUCGCUGCUGCGUCGGCGGUUCUGUCGUCGCCGCUCUUCUGCGACGCGCACGGCAAGACGUCCGGGAAGAGCGCCGACAUCGUCAACGGGCCCCUCCUCACCACCAAGCUCAACGCCAAGCGCACGCUCAUCGUCGGCCCCAACGACGAGUUCAAGACCAUCCAGUCCGCCAUCGACGCCGUGCCCGUCGGCAACUACGAGUGGAUCAUCGUCCACCUCCGCUCCGGCAUCUACACGGAGAAAGUUGUGAUCCCGGAGACGAAGCCGUUCAUCUUCGUGAGGGGCAACGGCAAGGGGCGGACGUCCGUCUCCUACGAGUCCGCCUCCCCGCACAACGCCGAGUCCGCCACGUUCGCCGUGCACGCGGACAACGUCGUCGUCUUUGGCCUCAGCUUCAGGAAUGCGGCCCGCGCGGGGCUGCCCAACAACCCGGAGAUCCGCACGGUGGCAGCCAUGGUGAGCGGCGACAAGGUGGCCUUCUACCACUGCGCCUUCUACAGCCCCCACCACACCCUCUACGACCACACCGGCCGCCACUACUACGAGAGCUGCUACAUCCAGGGCAACAUCGACUUCAUCUUCGGCGGCGCCCAGUCCAUAUUCCAGACGACGGAGAUCUUUGUGAAGCCCGACCGUCGGACGCCGAUCCUGGGGUCCAUCACGGCGCAGGACCGCAAGGUGGAGCAGGACAGCGGCGGCUUCGUGUUCCUGAAGGGCAAGGUGUACGGCGUCGGGGAGGUGUACCUGGGCCGCGCCAACGAGGCCUACUCCCGCGUCGUCUUCGUCAACACCUACCUCUCCAAAACAAUCAACCCGGCAGGCUGGACCAACUACGGCUACUCAGGCAGCACCGAGCAUGUGACGCUCGGGGAGUUCAACUGCACGGGGCCGGGCGCCGACGCGUCGCAGCGUGUGCCGUGGUCGCGGCAGCUCACCCAGGCGGAUGCCGCCAAGUUCCUCACCGUCGACUUCAUCGACGGCAAGGACUGGCUCCCGGCGUUCUACUAACUGAUCGAUCGACCCAACCUUGUACACUUGCUCGCUACUCGUGGUUGUAAUUGUGCGUUCCGUGAUGUCUAAAAGCUAAUUGAGGAUGAAGGAUGGUUUUCUUGUAAUACUCCUUAGGACAGUGACAGAUUUAAUUAACGAAUUAAUCCUUAAUUCUUCAA